GAGAGUGUAAGUAGAAGGAGGGAGAGAGGGAGGGGAGAGAAAGAGAGAGCAGCAGCAGCAGCAGCAAGCUGAGGCUAGCUUAGCUUGGUGGUGGCUUGGCCGAGGGGCCCGAAGAGGGCAGUAAGCGACUCGGAGCAGCGAAGAGCGAGUGAGAUUUAGGGCCAGGAGAGGAGGGGGAGGAGGAGGAGGAGGAACAGGCGGGGAGAGGCAGCAGGAGGAGGAGGAGAGGGGAAGUGUCACGAGACGAUUGAUAGAUUGAUUGAUUGAUUGAUCGGUUCAUUCAUUGGCUGGGGACUGAUGGGAAGAACGGGAAGGGGGACGGGACGGGACGGGGAGGCGAAGGGGACGGGGCCUGCUCCGAUUCAACAUGGGCGUCAGGUAGUUGGGAAUGGGGUAUGACUGUGUGCUGCUCUGCUGCCGAUCCUGCUGGGAAUAGGUGCUGGUCGUGCAGGUAGUUGAUUGCAGUGCAGAGCAGUGCAGUAGAGCUGCUGCUGCAGCACAGAGAGAGAUAGAGAGAGAGAGGGAGAGAGAGAGAGUGGUAGAGAGCGAGAGCGAGGGAAGGAAGAGGGAGAGGCGGUGGGGUACAAUCAAAGAAACAAAGCAAGUGGGUGGGGAGCGAGGGAGGGAAAAGGCCAGGAGACGAAAGGCGAGCCCGGCCAACCAGCCAGCCAAAGCCAAAGCCAGCAGCAGGAUUCAGUUGGAGGAAAGAAGAACGUACGCUCUCGCUCGAGAAAGGAAAAGUCUCGUGACUCAGGCCCUUUGACGGGAAGGGGAAGGGGAGGGGAGGGCAAGAGCGAGAGAGAGAGGAGAAGAGGAGGACGAGGACGAGGUCGAGGACUUUGGAGGUCUCGGAAGAAAGACGGACGGAUGGAUAGCAGCGGCAGUAGCAGCUGAACUGAACUGAACCGAACCGAACCGAACUGAACUGAAGUGGUCUGGCCGGCCGGGCCUGGCUGGGAGGCUUUAAUUUCGAUCCUGGAUCAGGCGGUCGUGUGUUUGUUUGUACAUCUCAAUUUUAGAUGCUCAUGUUGAUGCCUGCUCUCGGACAGUAGACCUUUUGCUGGGACCACAUUUAUCAUCAAUAGAUCCUGAUUCUUCACCGCUACCAGCACCCCUCCCUGUGCUCUCGCGCACCUUGCGAGGCAGGAAGAGGACGCAGGGCGGUUUGUGCAAGCACCUCCUCCUCUCAUCGGCUUUCUUUCUUUCGUGCUUUCUUGCCUGACCCCUCCCCUCUCCUUCCCUUCUCCCCUCGCCUGUCCAUCUCUCUCUCCCUCUCCCUCUCUCUCACUCUGUCUCGAUCUCUCGCUCAUCCAUCUCUGUUCUCGCGACCUCUACCUCCUUCACCAUCACCAUCUCACCACCACCACCACCACCGCUACCGCCACCACCACGACCCCUGACAUCGCCUCGUCGACCACGAAAGUAGAAACUUGCACAAGAGGUCCAGUGGCACGGCCCGCACUCGGAUCUCAAGAAGAGCAGCGGCCAGCCAGCCAACUCGCACCACCGCCGAGCCGCAUUCGGAACCGGAGAACAAGUUGUGGGUCGCCGGAGCGGACUCUUAGAUCAGAUAGAGAGCCUAUCAGCGUUUCUCGGAUCCCUCAUAUCAGUGCGAGAAGGAGCCUGGCCGAAGGCUUCAGCCCGCCCCGGCCUUCCGUGGGAGCAGAGCAUCUGAAGAUUCGUCGGCGAGAGGAGGUUUGUGGAGAGAUCGGCUGUGAUACCGAUUCAAUUUUGACUGGGGCCCGUGAAUCGAUCGAAUUAUCGUAGUAAACUGAUGAGAUAAUGGAGGGGUCGAAGCACGUGGAGGAGCUCGAGGAGCAGCAACGAGAUCUCGGGAGAACGCACGGGCAAGAGCAAGAGCAAGAGCAAGUGCAUGAGCAAGAGCAAGAGCGAGAGCAAGGGCAAGGGCAAGGGCCAGCAGACGGGGACGGCGCAGAGCAGCAGCAGGAGAUUUGGUGCAAGCUGAAGGACAUGUUCAAGAGCGGCAGCGGCAGCGGCGACGACGAAGAGGUGUGGAUGGAGAGAAUGCUGAUUCCGGGAAUCCCCGACGAGCUGGUGCUGGACUGCAUCUUCACCAAGGUUUCAUGGCAGCAGCUGCUGACGCUGUCGUCGGUGAGCCGCGCGUGGCGCGCCACAAUUCAAAGCCGCGAGGUGUACCAGGCGCGCAUCCGAACGGUGUGCACGCAAGUGCUGGUGGCGGUGCUGCACAAGGUGCGGGCGCCCAAGCCCCCGCCCGUGACGCUGGCGUGCCCGCACUCGGAGGAGGAAGAGGACGAGGAGGACGAGGAAGAGGACGAGGAGGACGACGAGGAGGACGAGGACGAGGACGAGGAGGACGAGGAGGAAACGACAUUCAUGCGCGCCGUGGAGGAGAUCUCGAUGGAGUCGUUCCAUGCGCCCGAGUACACCUACACGCUCAUGGGCGACGACGACGACGACGAGCUCAAGGAUCGCUCCGUGCCCGAGACGUUCGCCUACGCGCUGUCGCUGCACAAUCCGUGCGACGGAUCGUGGCAGCAGCUGCCGCCCAUCCCCGAGGUCGGGUGCGGGAUCCCUCUGUUUUCGGAGCUGGUGUGCAUCAAGGGCAAGCUGUUCGUGCUCGGGGGCCGCGAUCAGGAGACCUGGCAGCCGCGGCGCGAGGUGUACAUGCUGGAUCUGGUCGCCGGCAGCGGCGUGUGGCAGCAUUGCCAGAACAUGAUCACCGCGCGGGCGAGCUUCGCCUGCGGGGUGAUCGACGGCAAGGUGUAUGUGGCCGGCGGGCACAGCGAUGUGUCGUGCGCGCUGUCGAAUGCCGAAGUGUAUGACCCCGAGCUCAAUGUCUGGGAAGCUGUGCAGGACAUGCACGGCCCUCGGAGCUGCUGUACCGUGGCGAUUUGGGACAAAAACAUGUAUGUGAUCGGAGGGUACACGCUGUCGGAGUCGGAGGAGGACCUGGCCGCGCAGUACGAGGAGCUGGACGAUUCCGAAGACGACGAUGCCGAGUGGGCCAAUUCCGCCGAGGUGUACGACGCAGCGAAGAAGGAGUGGCGGCAGCUGGGCAACAUGAAGAACGAGUACGACGAGCAGGCCUGCACCGUCGUCAACGGCCAGCUCUACUCCUUCAGCACUCUGGGCGUGGAGAAGUUCGAAGCCUCGUCGAAUUCCUGGAAGCAGGUGUACAAGGACUCGUGGUUCAUGCCCUCCGGCGAUGGCUCCUCGCCCUGCUUGGUGCUCUCGGUGGCCGCGGUGGACAACGAGGUGUUCGCCAUGGUGUGUCUGGGCGACGAGUGCGACCGAGGGUGCACGCUCUUGAAAACCGUGGGCUUCGGAUUGCCCGGUUCCCGGCUCGUGUGGCAAAGAGUCCAGUGCCCUGUCAAGUUCGUGGGUGCAUUCCCAGCUCUGUGUGCUGUGGAGGUAUGAGCAGAGCAGAGCCGCUCUUUGCCUUCCCCGCCCACCCCCAUACAAUCCAGUCCAAUCCAAUCCAACACGACCCAACCCAAAAUUAUGGCACGCAGCGGACAGUACGAACGGGAAGGUGGAGGCAGCCCCCCUUGAGAUGGCCUGAAUGAUGCAGCAGCAGCAGUAGAAGAAAAGUCUGAGCUCUUCCUUGGAAGAAGAUCUGAUCCGGCAGAUGGGAUGUGAAUUGGAGGCAGGCAGGGAACCACUUUUUUGCGAUGCCUUCGGCAAAAUGGGGAAAGCACGACAACCUUUCGUACAACAUGGAGUUGUGCACGUGCUGUUGAUUGAAGUCGAGAAGCGAAGCGAAGCAAAAGCAGCAAAAGCGAAGCUUCAUUGCUAAUAUCAUGAAGCUUCUUCAUAAGAAAUGGAGGCGGAGGCAAUCACUAUUUGGAUAAAUGUCUAGCAUGUGGGUUUCUGUACGUCUGCACCAACAAAGAGGCUUGGCUCAUUGGCCCAAUUGCCUCGCAAAAUUGAAGCAAUCUCUUUCAACUGAGAACCGAAUCUCAGCUAUCAAUCAAAAUGUCAAGAAAGUUCCAUUGAUAUUAGUACACUCCGAUGGGCAAAGGGCUGCUUUGUUACCAAAGAAAAAUGUACAUCUUGUAUAGAGAGGAACUAAUGGAGCUGUGCAGCCAAGUUAGUAUUCCGAAAUUUUUGCCGCCGAUAUCAACUACAAAAUAGUCGUACAAAAUAGUCCUUUUCAUAUUUUUUUUUCUCUAGGUGGCGUAGAAUUGUCGUCAAGCUUCUAUGGAAACAAAUUCGUAGUUAAUGUUCUGCUUCACAAAAACGGAAAGGCGCCUACCGCCAUUGUUUGAGGAGAUCUCAGAAGAAUUUUUCAUGUUUUUUUGUAACUUGUUCGGAGUCAGAAAGCAUAGUAAAAGGAUCAUUCUCUCAAGCUGCGUCUACCCGAGUCGAUACUGAGGGUGUUUUUCUCGAUUGCUACAAAUGAUUGUCAUCAAAUUUCGUCGAUUGCUGCCUGCUUAUGAUAUGCUGCGAUCAGUCACAGCUCUGAGAAGUAAGUGACAGGGUGUGGGUGAAGCUGAUUUGACCCUCGUGGCAAACGCGGUCGAACAGGUCACGCAUUUCACUGGAUAGCAUUACUUCUCUAGAAUAACUGUUUCUGCUUUGGCAGUUGAUAAAAGUGCAUGGCAAACCGGAAUCCAGAAAGAAUUCCCGUGUUGAUCCAAUUGCAGUGCUUGGAGAAAUGUGUAUUCUGGUUCUUUGCCUCAGGCUUGUAGUUUUUAUUUUGUUUCUCAAGAGUCUGAACCGAGAGUCCCUGAAUCCCCGGGAUGCUCGGAGGGUAUCACAUUAAUUUGCUUACUGUACUUCACGUUGG